AUGUUGCUAGAUGCAUCUGUACAUGCUUUCGUAAUAAACAGUGAGGUCCUCCAAGGCAACGUUAACGAACCUAUAGCUUCUUCUUCGGAAUUAGAAUGGCUACUUUCAGGUCCUACUUCCAUAAGUCCAAGGAGUAAGGCUCAAGAUUCACUCGUGCUCAUAAACACUGAGUUAUGUGAUCUCGAGCAGUUAGUACAAAAAUUUUGGGAGAUUGUGAAACCUCCUUCCUUGAAACGUAAGCUAAAUCAUGGUCGUUAUAUUAUAAGUUUUCCGUUUAAGGAUAAUCCUACCAUGCUUAUAGAACAGAGAAGUUCUAUGGGCUUCGAGGAAGCAACUAGUGGUAGAGCAGUUUCUUUGCAUUGCGCUGAAGAGGAUCAACUUAUUACCUUGUUGAAGCGUUUUUGGAAAAUAGAAGAACUCCCUGCUGAUCUAAAUUCUCUUUGGACAGGGGAUGAAAGAGCUUGCGAACAACAUUUUAUUGACACCCAUUACAGAGAUAGCACUGGUAGAUAUGUAGUUAGACUUCCAUUUAAGACUGAUCCGAAACCAUUAGUUAAAGAACGUGAUGCUGCUAAGACUCUGUCUAUCACUAUGCAGAAAAAUUUAGAGCGCAUAUUCCAUAAUAACUCAGUAUUGUUUGAUGCUUAUAGUUUGUUCAUGCGUGAGUAUAUCGAUCUUAAUCACAUGGUAAAGUUAAAACUUGAUGAGACCAAAGAUGCUAAAUUCAAAGCGGGCAUCUCUCUGAAUGAUUUACUCCAUGUUGGGCCCAAUUUGUUGUGUAAUCUUUUUGAUCUUAUCACUUCUUGGAGAUCUUACAAUUUAGAACUGGUUUUAGCUUAUCAAUUGAAAACCGUGACUCAUGGCCCAGCUUAUUCUCCGUACCUAGCUUGUAGAGUGAUCAAGCAGUUGGCUAGUGAUUACGAAUUUGAGUUUCCUUUAACUUAUCCCAUUUUGAUGAAAGAAAUUUAUAUGGACGAUGUUUUGAAGUGGUCUUCGAAUGAUCCAGAUAAUUUGGCUGGUGUACCCAGUACACUUUUAAAAUCUUCGCCCAUUAUUCCAUUGAAUGAACGUGAUUCUUCGGUAGAAGUGCUCGGCAUCGUCUGGUAUUUUAAAGAAGAUGUUUCUAGUUUUCAAGUUAAAUUUCCCUUAGUACCGACAUCAUGGACCAAAAGAUCUGUACUCUCCCAUAUAGCUAGAUUAUACGACCCACUUGAGAACUUAUUGUCAGACUGGCUUCGUUGGUUUCAAGAAAUCCGAUUUUUGAAUCAAAUUAGAAUUCCUCGUUGGACUCAAUUUUCACCAGUUGUUCAAGCUAUAGAGCUGCAUGGUUACGCUGAUGCUUCUAAACUAGCCUAUGCAGCUGUUUUAUAUCUGCGUGUUGUUGCUAAUCAAGAAGUUUAUGUUUCACUUUUAUCGGCUAAAACAGUAGCCCCUCUUAAAACAUUAAGCGUUCCGAAGCUCGAACUUUGUGCUGCCCAAUUGUUAUCAAAGUUAGUACAAUAUCACAGUCAAAGUCAGGACCACAGAGUAGAUGCAGUCCAUCUGUGGUCUGAUUCAAAGGACGUGUUGUAUUGGUUAAGUUCUCAGCCGUCUCGUUGGCCUACUUUCGUAGCUAAUCGUUGCAGUAAUAUCAUGCAGUUAGUUUCUACAGCUACGUGGCACCAUGUUUCAGGUAAGAGCAAUCCCGCUGACAUAGCCUCUAGAGGCGUUUGUCCCACUCAGUUACUGAAGCAUUCGUUGUGGUUCCAAGGACCUCUUGAGAUUUAUCAGCUAUCCACAGAGUAUCCUGUUUUUACUUCAAAUGAAAAUUAUGACGUUCCUAGCAAAGCUUCUGAUGCUGUCUCUCAUCAUCAAAGUGCUAAACCUGAAACUUGGGAUCUUUAA